UGGGUUUCUCUGGUAUGCGACCAUGGGACGACUUCCUGUAUUAUUUCUCUCUCUCAUGUAGUCUGACCAGUCUCUGCUUUAGAAGCAAAAAAUGGCUACUAGCGGUCAGUUCUAUGAGCGUCCAGAGGAGUCCUCUACUGUUACAAACACUCGUCAUAACGGCUUCCCUCCUGUACCAACGCCCGGAGGCACAAUAUCCACGAGACCGGAUCCAGACAAGCAUUUCGUAGUAGCAGCAAUCGACUUUGGGACUACAUAUAGCGGCUAUGCAUUUGCUUUUCUGAGAGACUCAGACAGUGUGCAUAUGAUGCGCAAAUGGGAGGGAGGUGACCCAGGCGUUACUAAUAUGAAGACCCCAACAUCACUUCUGCUAAAGCCGAAUGGAGAGUUUCAUUCAUUCGGUUUCAGCGCAAGGGAUUUUUAUCACGACCUUGAAGAGAGUGAAGCAAAGAAGUGGUCCUAUUUUGAAAAGUUUAAGAUGACAUUGCAUUCUAGCCAGGACCUCCAUAAAGGUGUAGAGCUGACUGCCGCCAAUGGAAAGAAGACUUUAGCAUUGACCGUAUUCUCUCAUGCAUUGAGAUUCUUUAAGGAUCACUGUCUACAAGAGCUCUCAGAUCAAUCCUCGACAAGAAUAGUCAACGAUGACAUAAGAUGGGUCAUCACAGUCCCGGCCAUAUGGCGACAACCAGCAAAACAGUUUAUGAGACAAGCAGCAUAUGAUGCCGGCUUAGCGAGUCUAGCUAAUCCAAGUCAGCUCCUCAUAGCACUGGAACCAGAGGCAGCGUCCAUUUACUGUCGGAAAUUGAAGCUAAGAGAACUUGUUCCAGAAGAAGACUACAGUCAGAGCACUAGCCAACUGAAGUCACUUCGUCGCGUAAGUAACACAAGUUUUGGAGUACCAGUCUCGGCUGAAUUUAAAGCCGGGACUCGAUAUAUAGUCGUUGACUGUGGGGGCGGUACAGUUGAUCUCACAGUCCAUGAAUUAGAAGGAGCAGGGACUCUGAAGGAACUCUAUAAAGCCUCUGGUGGGGCUUGGGGUGCCGUCGGAGUUGACAGGGAAUUUGAGAACCUUCUCAUCAAAAUAUUUGGCAUCGAUUUCGUGGUUAGUUUUAAGAACACAAAGCCUGCCGGUUGGGUCGACCUGAUGAUUGCAUUCGAGGCAAAGAAGAGGACGGCGAAUCCGGCAAAAGCCACACCUCUCAACAUAUCCCUCCCUUUCUCAUUCAUAGAACACUAUCAGAAACUCAAAGGUCACUCUGUAGAGACGGCCAUCAAGAAAUACGGUAAUAAAGACAUCAGGUGGUCCUCGCAAGGAAUGCUCCGACUUUCACCGGCAGCAAUGCACGCUCUCUUUGAACCAGUAACACACGAUAUAGUGAGACACAUUGCAGACUUAUUGAGAAAACCUGAGCUCGACUCCGUCAAACUAUUAUUCUUGGUAGGAGGAUUUGCAGAGUCACCUCUACUCCAGAAUGAAAUUAGACGAUCUUUCUCAGGCGAAAUGAGAGUCAUCAUACCACAGGACGUUGGUCUUACUAUACUAAAAGGAGCUGUCAUGUUUGGAUUAGAUCCUACAGUCGUUAGAGUAAGACGCUCAGCACUAACAUACGGAGUUGGAGUCCUGAACAGGUUUCUACCCGGCAAGCACCAACCCGAGAAACGGAUAAAAAAAGACGGCGUGGAGUGGUGUACCGAUAUAUUUGAUACUUUCGUGACCGUCGACCAAUCGAUUGCAAUGGGAGAGAAGGUAACCCGUCGAUAUACUCCAGCAAAAUCGUACCAGACGUCGACAGUGAUUGGGAUCUAUAGCAGCGAGAAAGAGCAUGUACUGUAUACCACUGACCCUGGGGUUCGACGGACGGGUGAGCUUUAUUUAGAAAUGCCCGACACGACUGGCGGCAAGUCUCGCGAACUUGAGAUAACGAUGAUGUUCGGUGACACGGAAAUUAAAGUUGAAGCAACUGAUCUGACUAGCGGGACUGUUGCACAGUCUGCUAUCGACUUUUUAAAUAAAUAGAGUAAUUAUUAUCAUUAUUGUUAUCAUUAUUAUCAUUAUUUUUGAUUUUGUCUUCUUUGUUUUACUCUUAUUUUGUAUUGUGUGUGCACUUUUUAUGACAUUUUUAACAAACCCCAUCCCACUUAAACCUUAUCUAUUUAUCGCCUUCAUCUAUUUGUGUAUUUUUAUAUCUUUUUUAAUAUUUUCGUAUUCCAAAAAUUUGCACAAACACUUUUCAUUACUAAUAAUAUUAAUUAAUGGAUUUCAUAAUGAUCAUAAAUGCUAAAAA